CGCCCGUCUCUCAAUCACGGUCCCAGUUUGCCGCGCGAAUACGCGACGUCGCAAAAAAAAAUUGUAAAACAGAUUUAUUCUCGAUUCGUCGCUAGUGGAUGUUGCUUAUUACUGUGUAAUUUAUUAUAAUUGUAAUAAACAAUAGAUUAAAAAAAUACAAUACAAGAAAAGUUUGCAAGUGUCUAAAAGUUUUCGUGAUUUUAUUUGGGUGAUGUUUUCGGUUUAAGUGAACUUGUGGUUGAAUGUAACGAAUACAUACGUGAUACAUCAACAAGGCAACAAACAAGAAAAGGUAAAAAACUUAAGCCGCUGCGGAGGCCGAUGCUGAAAAUGUUGAAAUGAAACAAAAUCUAGCACAUAAUGUUAGAUGACAAUUCCUAUGGAACAACUAUCAGAAAUCUUGACAGCAAGUUUGAUUUAUUCACGAACGUAACUGAAGAGCGAAAUGUAAACGUUACGUAUACCAAAAACUCAACAUGGACGGACCCAGCUUACGACGUGUGCGAUCCCCGCACUUAUCCAGAAGACUUUAUUAGCUCAUCGCUCUUCCAUAGCUGUGUUUAUUUUAUGUACAGUGCGGUGUUUUUGAUAGCGCUUGUCGGGAACGGUUUAGUAUGUUUCGUGGUACAAACUUCGCCGCGUAUGAAGACAGUGACGAAUUACUUUAUCGUGAAUUUGGCGGUGGGUGAUAUUCUAAUGACGCUAUUUUGUGUACCGUUUUCGUUUGUAUCUAUGUUAAUACUGCGGUAUUGGCCGUUUGGUAUUAUUAUGUGUAAAGUUGUGAAUUAUUCUCAAGCGGUGUCUGUGCUUGUGAGUGCGUAUACUUUGUUAGCGAUAUCGAUAGAUAGAUAUAUGGCUAUAAUGCAGCCGCUGAAGCCCCGGUUGGGGAAGACGGCGGCUAAAGUGGUGGUAGCUGCUGUUUGGUUUGGUGCGUUCGCGACAGCAGCUCCUAUUACCAUCGUAACACAACUGCAGAGGCCGACACCCUGGCACGAGUACUGUCAAGCAGACAUAUGCCUCGAAAAGUGGGAUUACCCUGGACAAAGCAGUCAGUACACUUGCGCACUGCUGGUGCUGCAGUUUGCGCUGCCGUUGUGUGCACUCAUCUGUACUUAUGCAAGGAUCGCUCACGCCGUGUGGGGCGGACGACCUCCUGGCGAGGCACAAGACGCCAGGGAUUCACGCUUGCAACAUUCUAAACGAAAGAUGAUCAAAAUGAUGGUGAUAGUAGUAACAAUCUUCACAAUUUGUUGGCUUCCGCUCAACAUGUUUAUUGUACUAUGGACGAUACAUGAAGCUGACGAGGCGUGGGCCACGUGGCCCGGCAUGCCGUAUGUGUGGUUCGCGAGCCACUGGCUGGCGAUGUCUCACUCCUGCUACAACCCCAUCAUCUACUGCUACAUGAACACUCGAUAUCGACGCGGGUUCAAACAGGCGUUUGGAUGUCUUUUUCGGAUACGCAUGGACCCUUCGUCGCGACAUCGGACGAGCAUAUGUGAAGGUGUACAAAUGUCAGAGAUUGUCGGUGUGAAUGGCAUCGCUCGUCGCGGUACAAACAGCAGCUGUCUGAGUAGGAUGCAACGUGGCCCUACUUGUUCAUCAUGCACUUCUAUAAGAAGGGGUGGUCUGAAUGCUCCCCGGGCAAGCAUGCUCACUCCGCCCGUGCGCGCGCUUUCAGUCUCACGGUCACAUGUCAACUAAAAACUGAAAUAAUCUCGUUUAAAGAAGUGGUACACUUACACAAUUUAAGAGCGUUCUAAAAACCAUAGAACCUCCUUCGGUUGUUUGAAAGGACCGCCAUUGCGAACAUUGUACCUGGACCUAAGUACAGAUAGCAACUAAAUUCUAUGAACCCUACCAUGUUUGAUACAAAGUAUUUCAUACACAAACAUUCUGUUGUAAACUUGUUGAACACAAAUCAAAUAUUUUUUCCGUCCGUAAAUCCAAGGUUUUUCACCGAAUUUCGUUGCGGAUCGUACUUUGUUUUACUUUUCUUUGUUGCU